UCAUACUAAAUAGAAUGGCUGAAGGCGGUGAUCAAGGGGCCGAAAGGCUACCCGACUUAUUUGAAAAUAUCUGGAAAGCGUGGGAGUUUUUAGAGACCACACAAGAAAAUACAAAUUCGUAUCCUGUUCAGAAACAGGCUAUUAAAGGUUUAGCAGAUGGAGAAAAGGCGAUUAAGAUGGUCAAUGAUCUGGCGUUGUUUAGCAUUAACGAGUCUAUAGAGGAGGUGGCAACAACAGAACUAAGAUACAUGCUUCUUCCUGCCUUAAUGGGAUAUUUUAUACAGAAAAGAGUCACAAAGGACCGACUUCAGCUUGUAAGGACCGGCAAGGCGUAUUACGAGGACUUCCUGCGCCAAUGCAAGACGUACAAAGUGGCCAAAGUGAGUGCUCAUCUGGACGACGACGAUAAAGAGGAAACGUCUGAAAGAGGAGUGGUACCUUUAGGACAGGGUCCUCCAGGAAUGAUGAAGAUGAUCAGUGAAAGGGAGACUAAGAUACAGGCAUUCAAGGAACAGAAGGAGCUGGAUGCCAGACUGGCUGACCUUAAAAAGUACGUCGACCAGGACCAUGUGGAUGAUGAAGUAAAGAGAGAUUACUACAUAACGUUACUAAAGAAAUGGGUGAACAUUGCAUGCGAGGAUCUGUCAGGAAUCAACUUUGAAAUUCAGAUGUUAGAAGUUCGAGAGGAUUCGAUGAGUGAGGCUGGAGUGCGGAAGGAAGAAUACCAGAAAAAGAAACCACCACCUAUACGCCCUUUUAUCAUCACAAAGGACAUGAUACAGAAGCAGGUGUUUGGUUUAGGGUACCCUAGCAUUCCAACUCUCACCAUCGAGGAGUUCUACGAACAGAAAGUCCAAGAUGGCACAUUCCAGCCACCCAUGGCAGGACACAGUAUGCAGGACUGGGCAGCUAACCCUGAACAAGAUAAAGAAGAUAAGGAGAAAGAGGAUGAGGAGAAAGAGAACAAGAUUGAAGCUGAUGAUCCCGAGGAGUUACAGAAGGCACGCAACUGGGACGAAUGGAAGGAUGAACAUAGAAGAGGAUGGGGCAAUAGAAAGAACAUGGGAUGAAAAGACAUGUCCAUUUCUUAAAUAUAAAACUGAUGUCCUGUCUGUGAUGAGGAAAAACUGUUGGAUCAAGGACAAGGAUCAAGAUAUGGAGACAUGAGAUUUAAGAUUGUGGACUAGGACAUGAACUGUCAUCUACGUCAACAGGACGUCUGUUGUUAGAUCUAGGAUAUAGUGUGUAGUCCAUGUCAACAGGACGUCUGAUGUUAGAUCUAGGACUAGGGUAUGGUGUGUAGUCCAUGACAACAGGACGUCUGAUGUUAGAUCUAGGACUAGGGUAUGGUGUGUAGUCCAUGACAACAGGACG